GUCAGCUGUUGGAUCACAGGGGCCGCCCGGCCUGACCCACAGGCCAUGGAGGAGGUGGCUGGGAGCGUCCCACGUCAACACUCUGAGGCCAGCGUGCCCGCCCAGAGCAGCUGUGGAAACUGCCUCCGUGACGGGGCGCCCAGAGCACGGCACCAGGAGCCCAGGAACGCCGCCGAGUCGCUCUACUGCGACCUGCCCCGAGGCCCACCCACGCCGGAGGACCCGCCCGGCACCUCUGCUCCCAGCCUCCAGUCUGUGGCGGACCAGGGUCUCAGGCCGGAGCCUGAGAGGGGCCCAUCCCCGUCAGCAGGGCUCCCUGAAGGGGCCCCCGCAGCUGUGCCCCGGAGCGGGAGCCAGGAACCCGGUGCGUUGCCCUAUCUGGAGGGCCCGACGUCCUCCCCAGGUGGCAGCUGUGACCAGGGCCCCGACGCUGACGGCAGCUCCCCUGAUGACACCAGCAACUCGUCCUCUGUGGACUGGGACUCGGAGGAGAGGCAGGAGGGUGUCCCCGGCUGGGCCCGGCUGCCCGUGAUGAUCCCUCGGAGGCUGCAGGAGGCACCGAGCACUGACGGUGCCCGGAGGGUCGCCAGGGCCCCUGCGGGAGGAGACGCUGCAGGCCAGAGAAAGGAAGACCCCUGCAGAGGGAGCCGGAGUGCCGGACAGCGCUGGGCGAAGCUCCGAGGAGAGGACGGGGGCUUCUCCUUGGAGCGGCACCGUUUAGCGUCUGGCCAGGCUGCCUCCACCACGCCACAGAGCGGACCUCGGAGCCCCACCCCCCAGGCUCCCUCUGCACAAAGGGACACAGCCCAGGCCGCUUCGGCACAGCGCAGUACACCCCGCGCCACCUCGCCUCCCCGAAUCACCCACAGGGAUACCCCCUGGACCUCACCUGCCCAACAGGACACCCCCAGGGCCUCGUCCACACAGCGGGACACUCCCUGGGCCACCUCUCCCUCAAGAGUCACUCAAUGGGAUACCCCCAGAGCCUCGACCACCCGUCAGAGCAACCCUCAACUUUCCUGUUCCCCCAGAGACGGCCAGCGAGAGCACCCCAGCACCUCUGCUGCUCAGCAGGACCACCCCCACGCUGCCUUUUCUACUUGUACUUCCUGGCGGGACCACCCCAGGACCUCCUGUGCCCAGCGGGACAACCCCAGGGCCUCCUCCCCCAACCGAGCCACUCAACGGGACAACCCCAGGACCUCCUCCCCCAACCGAGCCACUCAACGGGACAACCCCAGGACCUCCUCCCCCAACCGAGCCACUCAACAAGACAACUCCAAGACUUCCUGUGCCCAACGGGACAACCCAAGGACCUCGUGUGCCCAACGGGACAACCCCAGGGCCUCCUCCCCCAACCGAACCACUCAACGAGACAACCCCAGGGCCUCCUGUGCCCAACAGGAAAACCCAAGGACCUCGUGUGCCCAACGGGACAACCCCAGGGCCUCCUCCCCAAACCGAGCCACUCAACGGGACAACCCCAGGGCCUCCUCCCCCAACCGAGCCACUCAACGGGACAACCCCAGGGCCUCCUGUGCCCAACGGGACAACCCAAGGACCUCGUGUGCCCAACGGGACAACCCCAGGGCCUCCUCCCCCAGCCGAGCCACUCAACAAGACAACUCCAAGACCUCCUGUGCCCAACGGGACAACCCCAGGACUUCCUUUGCCCAACAGGACAACCCAAGGACCUCCUGUGCCCAACGGGACAACCCCAGGGCCUCCUCCCCGAACCGAACCACUCAACGAGAUAAUCCCAGAACCUCUUCUCCCAACCGAACCACUCAACGAGAUAAUCCCAGAACCUCUUCUCCCAACCGAACCACUCAACAAGACAACCCCAGGGCCUCCUGUGCCCAACGGAACAACCCCAGGGCCUCCUCUCCCAACCGAAUGACCCAGCGGGACAACCCCAGGGCCUCCUGUGCCCAGCGGGACGGCCCUAAAGCCUCUUGUAGUAGAUGGGAUAACCUCAGAACUGCUUGUACCCAGAGGAACAAGCCACACACUUCUUCCCUCCGGCGGGACAACCCCGGAGCGCCUGCUGCUCAGAGCUGCGCCCCGAAGGACCGUCCUGGGCCACCAUCUCCACCCCGCGCCGCCCCGCGGAGCAACGCCAGGCAGUCCUCGCCCCACCGCACCAACAAAGACAUCCCCUGGGCCUCCUUUCCCCUCCGGCCAACUCAGAGUGACGGCCCGCGAACCUCUUCCCCAUCUCGCGCCAAGCAAAGCGAGGUGCCCUGGGCGUCCAUAGCCCUUCGGCCAACUCAAGGUGACAGGUCUCAUUCGUCCUCUCCCACCAGGCCAGGCCGUGACCCGCCCAUGUCCUCCUCUGGCCCCACGCAGCCCAACUUGCCGGCCCGGCUCACACCUUCCUCCCACGGCCCUGGCCAGCACAGCGCCCCCCGGCCCUCUCCUCUGUAUCCCCGGGGAGCUCCCCAGAUGCCCUCAGAGCCCUCCCAGGCCCCCUGUGCUGUGUGCAUCGGGCACCGGGAUGCACCUCGAGCCUCCUCGCCACCUCGCUCUCUGCAGCACGACCCCUUCCCCUUCUUCCCAGACCCCCGAGCCUCUGAGAGUGACCUGCCUCACCACGAGCCCCCCUACAUGCCGCCUGCCGUGUGCAUCGGGCACCGCGACGCGCCCCGGGCCUCCUCGCCCCCUCGCCACACCCAGUUCGACCCCUUCCCCUUCCUCCCAGACACAUCAGAUUCCGAGACUCAGUCUCCCCAGCACGACCCUCCCCAGCUACCCCCGCCUGUGUGUAUUGGGUACCGCGAUGCGCCCCGGGCCUCCUCCCCGCCUCGCCAGGCCCCAGAGCCCUCCCUCCUGUUCCAGGACCUCCCCAGGGCCAGCACCGAGAGCCUUGUGCCCUCCACGGACUCUCUGCACGAGCCCCUCCGGCUCCCCACCCCUGUGUGCAUUGGGCACCGGGACGCCCCCUCCUUCUCAUCCCCCCCGCGCCAGGCUCCGGAGCCUUCCCUCUUCUUCCAGGACCCCCCAGGGACGAGCACAGAGAGCCUGGCCCCCUCCACCGACUCCCUGCACGGCUCUUCUCUGCUGCUCCCCCAAGUGUGCAUCGGCCAUCGCGACGCCCCUCGAGCCUCAUCCCCGCCCCGCCACCCACCCAGUGACCUGGCGCUGCUGGCGCCCUCACCUCCACCGGGCAGCUCGGGUGGCUCCCGGGGCUCGGUGCCCCCUGGGGAGACCAGGCACAACUUGGAGAGGGAGGAGUACACCGUGCUGGCCGACCUGCCCCCGCCCAGGAGGCUUGCCCAGAGGGAGCCGGGACCCCAGGCGCAGGGCAGCAACGGGGGCCGCACCCACAGCCCUGGCCGCGCAGAGGUGGAGCGCCUCUUCCGGCAAGAGCGCAGGAAGUCCGAGGCUCCGGGGGCCCUCCAGGCUCGAGACGAGGGACGGUCACAGCGGCCCAGCCAAGGUCAGAGUCAGCUGCUUCGGAGACAGUCCAGCCCUGCCCCCAGCAGGCAGGCGGCCAAGCUCCCUGUCAAGCAAGCAGACCCGGCCGGGCGGAGCAGAACGCAGCCCUCGCGUCCCCGGAGUCCCGAGAGACGGCCUGAGGGGGACCGGCGGCUCCAGGGGACCUCGCCACCUCCCAGGACAGCAGCCAGGCCCUCGGAGAGGGAGCCGCGGUCAGGGGGUGGCCGGGCAAGCUCCCGAGAGCCUCCCGCAGGGUGGCAGGGUCAGGGUGAGGUGCCAGGGGCCCAGGGCCCUCACGGACGCCUGGAGAGGAGCUGGAGCACCCAGGAAGAGGGCCUGGGCCCCGAGGCCCGGCAAGAACUUGGGGGGUUCAGCCCUGGGGCCACCAGAGCCCCAGAGGGAAUGUGGGGGGGCUCGCCCGGCACCAGCUGGGAACAGGCGGAGGCCUGGGGGGAGCCCCCUGAGAAGCCAGCCCAGAGAGGCUGGGGCAGCCUGCAGGAGCUGUCUGGACCUGGUCAGCCUGGGAGCCCCCCUGAGAUGCCCUGGAUAGGCCCAGCAGGGUCCUCGCCGCCCGUCGCCUCUGCCCCGGGCAGGGGGGCUGAGGGCACUUGCCCGCACCCACAUCACCCCGAGCUCGACUGGAGGGACCUACUGGGCCUCCUGCGGGCCCCUGGGGACGGAGCCUGGGCCCGCCUCCCGCAGCUGGACUGGGAAGGCCUCCUGCAGCUCCUGCAGGCCCGGCUGCCCCACAAGGACCCAGAGGGCCACUCGGGUGACCCGGCCAAGGCCCCAGGCCCAGAGCUGGAUCCUCCAGGCCCAAAGGACGCCCCGGAACAGGAGCCCCCUGGGCAGCCUGAAGGAUGGGCAGAGGCCACCAUUGUCAAUGGACACAGCCCGGGGCAGCAGCCCCAGAGUCUGACCCAGCCGCCCGGCCCUGCCUGCACCUCCACCCAGUGGCCAAAGACGAAAGUGACAAGUGGACCGGAGAGCUCUGUGGCGGCUGAUCUGGAACACCCGGGCCCGCUGGGGGGCAGGAGCGACCUGGACAGGCCCAGCUUGCCCGCACCGGAGUUCCAGCCCGAAGAGCCUGAGGAGUCAGAACCAAGCAGAGGCCGAGGCUCGCUGACUGACCAGGAGCAGGCAGACUCGGCAGACGAGAGGCCAGCAGAGGGCAAGGCUGGGAGCGCCCUCAAGGGCCGACUGGUGACCACAUGGCGGAUGCCCGGGGACCGGCCCACGCUGUUCAAUCCGUUCCUGCUGUCUCUGGGGGUCCUCAGGUGGCAAAGGCCCGACCUGCUCAACUUCAAGAAGGGAUGGAUGUCAAUCUUGGACGAGCCUGGAGAGUGGAAGAAGCACUGGUUUGUGCUGACGGAUUCGAGCCUCAAGUAUUACAGGGACUCCACCGCUGAGGAGGCGGACGAGCUGGAUGGCGAGAUCGACCUCCGCGCCUGCACGGAUGUCACCGAGUACGCGGUGCAGCGCAACUACGGCUUCCAGAUCCACACCAAGGAUGCCGUGUACACUUUGUCGGCCAUGACCUCGGGCAUCCGGCGGAACUGGAUUGAGGCUCUGAGGAAGACCGUGCGUCCGACAUCAGCCCCGGAUGUCACCAAGCUCUCAGACUGCAAUAAGGAGAACACGCUGCACGGCCCUGCCACCCAGAAGGGCUCGCUGAAGGCCGGGGAGCAGCGGGGUGGCCCUCGCAAGGCGGACGGGCAGCGGCAGUCCCUGGACUACGUGGAGCUCUCCCCGCUGACCCAGGGCUCCCCGCAGCGGGCCCGCGCCCCGGCCCGCGCCUCCGACCGCCCGGCCAAGCAGGAGGAGCUGGAGCGGGACCUGGCUCAGCGCUCCGAGGAGCGGCGCAAAUGGUUUGAGGCCUCGGACAGCAGGGCCCCAGAGACGGCCACGGGAGAGGGGCCCCGCAGGGGCCUGGGCGCCCCCCUGACCGAGGACCAGCAGAGCCGGCUCAGCGAGGAGAUCGAGAAGAAGUGGCAAGAGCUGGAGAAGCUGCCUCUGCGCGAGAACAAGCGGGUGCCGCUCACGGCCCUGCUCACCCAGAGCCGCGCGGAGCGCCGGGGGGCCCCGGGCGACAGCCAUGAAGCGCUGGAGAAGGAGGUCCAGUCUCUCCGUGCCCAGCUGGAGGCCUGGCGUCUCCGAGGGGAGGCCCCUCAGAAUCCGCCCCGAUCCCAGGAGGACGCCCCCAUCCCCCCGGGUUACAUCUCACAGGAGGCGUGUGAGCGCAGCCUGGCGCAGAUGGAGUCCUCGCACCAGCAGGUGAUGGAGGAGCUGCAGCGGCACCACGAGCGGGAGCUGCAGCGGCUGCAGCAGGAGAAGGAGUGGCUCCUGGCCGAGGAGACGGCGGCCACGGCCUCAGCCAUUGAAGCCAUGAAGAAGGCCUACCAGGAAGAGCUGAGCCGGGAGCUGAGCAAAACGCGGUGUCUCCAGCAGGGCCCCGAUGGCCUCCGGAAACAGCACCAGUCGGACGUGGAGGCGCUGAAGCGGGAGCUGCAGGUGCUGUCGGAGCAGUACUCGCAGAAGUGCCUGGAGAUCGGCGCGCUGACGCGGCAGGCCGAGGAGCGCGAGCACACGCUGCGGCGCUGCCAGCAGGAGGGCCAGGAGCUGCUGCGCCACAACCAGGAGCUGCACUCCCGGCUGUCGGAGGAGAUCGACCGGCUGCGGGGCUUCAUCGCCUCCCAGGGCGCCGGCGGUUCUGGGCGCAAUGAGCGGAGCUCCUGUGAGCUGGAGGUGCUGCUGCGCGUGAAGGAGAAGGAGCUCCAGUACCUGAAGAAGGAGGUGCAGUGCCUGCGGGACGAGCUGCAGACGCUGCAGCAGGACAAGCGCUUCACCUCAGGGAAGUACCAGGACGUGUACGUGGAGCUGAACCACAUCAAGACGCGGUCGGAGCGGGAGAUCGAGCAGCUGAAGGAGCACCUGCGCCUCGCCAUGGCCGCCCUGCGGGAGAAGGAGGCGGCCCGCGGCAGCCUGGCCGAGUGAGGUCCUGUGCUCCAGCUCAGCUGUAGACCCUGCAGCCCGAGGCCCGGCCGCCACCCGCCCGCCCUCCCGCGGGGUGGAAGUCGGAAGCCAAGCCUUCCUCGCCACCUGUGGGCCGCACGUGCACUCACAGCUGUCUCACACACACACACACGCACACACACACAUGCACACACUGCGUAUCUGAGCGCGCCCUCGCACUGGGUUUUACCUUGCACCUUCUCCAGGAUUUUAUAUGUGAAGAGAUUUUUAUAUAGAUUUUUCUCCCUUUUAUUUCCCAGAAACACUUUAUACUUUUUAAAAAAGCCAUUCCUGGUGGCUGUGUGCCUCCAUCGCUGGUCCCCUCUGUCUCCUCACUCCUCGCUUGGGCUUCUGGCUCAUGGCCCUGACCCAAGGGUCUCUGGGAGGCCCAGGCAGCGGCCAUGCGAGUUGACAGGUGGCAGAGGUGGGGCCAGCGCCCCUCUUCCUACCCUACCUCCUACUAACUACUUCCUGUCCUGGUGGACCCGCCCCUUGGGACUCACUGAGGGACAUCUGGACAGAGGGAGGCAGCCACUGCCCCCCACCCCCGCCACUUCCCCUGGGGGUGCAGGGCGUGGAGCCGCGGGCCCCGCCCAUGAAGGCCUCUCCCCGGGUCCUGGGGUCUUUGUUCACGUAAUAAAACGUCCUGACAGC